AUGGAUACAGUUGUUGUGUGCCUCGACGUCUUCACAUACGCCCUUCCCGUUUUGAGAGGCUUAGUGAAACUGCAUGUCGUAGUCUCUUUUCGCCGUGUAGUAAAUUAAGAAACACAAUGUCCUCUGGUGUGACAGUAUCAAACGAGGCUAAGACAGUCUAUGAAGAGGUGAAGAAAGACAAGAAGUACCGCUACAUUAUUUACCACAUCAAGGACGAAAAGGUGAUAGAUGUGGAAAAGACUGCCGACCGAAACGCCACCUAUCCACAGUUCCUCGAGGAACUGCAGCAGUUCAAGAACGAGUGUCGCUACUGCGUCUUUGACUUCCCAGCCAGCAUUCCUGUUGAGGGAGCGUCUGAAAAGGGAAGCAUGUCUGUCGAUCGUCUCGUACUAAUGACCUGGUGUCCGGAGUUAGCCAGGAUCAAGCAGAAAAUGUUGUACGCCAGCAGUUACGACGCCCUCAAGAAGGCCCUAGUCGGGGUGUACAGAUAUGUACAAGCAUGCGACUACGAAGAAGUUAGCCAGGAGGCAAUAGAGGAAACUUUCCGCAAGGGCGGCAAGUAGUGUCCUCUCCGUACCUUGACACCAUCCCUCCCACCCCUCUUUUGUGGACUAUGUGCCCCCAAAGCCCCUGACUCCUUCGCCUGCAAAGGGUGGAGACCCAGGACUCAAGGGACAUGUCUCAAGUACCCAUUACUUUGUUUUGCCCCCCCUCUGCUGGCUUGUCGACAUUUUUUUUUUUCCUCCCCACUUGUAACUCCGUCGUCGGGAGAAAGGGCCGGGGUCUGUGUGAGUUUCUCAGCGGGAGAUGGGGAGAGGUGCACUGUGGCUUCUGAAGCUCCGCAUCUGUGCUCCUUUCCUUGUCUCUCCGAUUAUCUUCUGGUCUUUGUAACUUAAUUUAUUUGGAGCCUCGUUAUCCCAUGCAGUGCCCUGCCUGGCCCCAUCUCUCCAAAGCUAGGUUUAUUUUUGUGGCCGGCGAGUUCGGGAAAAAUUCGUUUCAGCCCAUCUUUUGAUGGUUCGUUCAGCCCUUAUUUUGAAAGUGGGGGUCUCGAGGGCGUUUGUAGAAAAUUUUUGGGGCAGCCUGGUACGAUGUGGAAUAAAGUGGAAGGUCGCUCGUAUUCUUGUCACCUCACCUUUUUUUUUUUUUUUUUUUGUAUUUUGUUACAGAAGUUGCAUGCAUCGCAAUUGCAUAGCAAUCAUUGGCGUUACAUUCACUUGGAAUUUUUAAUAUUGUAAAUUGAUUUGUAACGCUUGAGUCAUCUUUGCUUGCAUCCGAUGCCAGCCGGGGGAUGCAGCCUGACCUGACUGUGGAGAAAGUGAACAAAUAAAUUUUGGAACUUUUCUGACUA